GUCUGACCUCCAGCAGCACGCGAAAGAAUGACAGUUCCUCACACAUGUCAAUGAAACGUUUCUGUCUCCCAACAACACACUCAAUGACACACGGCUAAUAAUAUGGCACUACCCCAGUUAUGGACUUCCCUGAAUCUUCAGAGAACUUUUAUUCAACCAUCCUUACUGACUUCCCUCCAAUGGGUCCGUACCUUGGUGACUCCAACCCAGCCUUCAACCCAGCCUUCAAAUGAUGCAAGUGACAAAGAGGAAGAGAACAAUCUACUGCUUGACAACCUGAAGAUUAUGGGAGUGGAUGUGGAAAUGGCCCAGAAACGGCAACCAGGUGUACUGAGGAAGACCAUCACCAAUGAGCGAGGACUUGCGGACUUCUUGCAAUUUAAAGGGGCCAGCCGUGAGGUGAUGGCCAGCAUCAUUUCGCGCUUCCCUCGCUCCAUCAGUCGUUCUGAGCAGCACCUGGAGGAGCGCUGGCAGCUGUGGCGGACCGUGUUCAAGAGUGACAGUGAGAUUGUAAGUAUUCUGGACCGAUCGCCCGAGUCUUUCUUCCGCUCCAGUGACAACGACAACUUGAAGAAGAACAUCGUCUUCCUCACCUCACUGGGACUGACCUCCAAGGACUUACAUCGGCUCCUCACCACCGCACCGCGUACCUUCUCCAAUAGCGUGGAGCUCAACCGUCAGAUGGUGGAUCUGCUCAAGGAUGUGUGUUCAAGCCUUGGUGGGAUGGAGCCUAGUCGGUUCACCAAGGAUGUCAUCUCAAAGAAUCCUUUCAUCCUGAUCCGCAGCACGAAGCGGGUCAGGGCCAACGUGGAGUUCCUCCAGUCCUCACUGGGGCUAACGAACUCAGAGUUGCUGGGUGUGCUGCAGGGACAUGGGGCAGGCAUCCUGGACCUCUCUCAUGAAAUCCUCAAGAGGAACUUCAUGAUGCUUCAGGAGAAGCUGGUCGCAGUGGGUGGAACCAAGAAGGAUGCUAUUACGCUUAUUGUGAACCAUGCCUCUGUCCUCUUUAUUUCUCAUGAGCGGAUAAGCGACAAACUGGACCGCUUGCUACAGGCAGGAAUUACAGUGAAACAGAUCAGGGAAAAGCCAAGAAUCCUAGACUUUAGCCUUGAGAACUUGAGGUGGCGUGUAGAUGAACUGAGAAAGGUUGGGUAUGACUUUGACCGGAGUGGCGUUGCUGUUUUGGACAGUAGUCGCAAGCGUUUUGAGGCCAGGUUGCAGAAGAUGUAUUCUGUUGAGGAGUGAAUUUCUUACAGUUUUGUUGAUUGCCUUAAUGCAGUCCAAGUGCACCUUCUCUUUCCAUGCAGUUUAACUUGACUAUUCAUGGUAACAUGAACAUGUGGAAUGAUUAAUGCCAUACAGUUAUUACUGUGGUCUUUUAAAAAUAUUUGAUAAAUUGUUGGUUUUGUCUUUUGUUGUUGAUGAAUUGUUGGUAUUGUAAUUUAUUCAUAUUGCAUUGUACAGAUGUAUAUGUAAUAUAUAUGUAAUUGUAUUGAAUAUAAAGAAAUAAAAACUUGACUAUUCAUCAUGGGUUUCAUCAGGUCCCUUCACACAGGUGUAUUAAUCAAGGACCAUGCAGUCUGCAUUCAGAAUCUACAGUAGGUGCUUGAUUUUAUACACCUGGGGAAAGUGACCUGAUGAAACCCAUGAAUACAUUUUAAUAAUGAUAGACAUACAUACCGGUAGUUAUGCUUGCUAUCCAAAUUAAAAAUUGGAUGGUGAUGGGAAAGACUGAACUGUGUAACAUGGGUCACUCACCGGUCAUGUUUGGUCAGAUUUAUUCAAAACUCUGUCAUAAACCACAAAUAAAGAAUACCAAAACGGUAUAACCCUUUGAAAACUUGAUGUUUCUUAUUAUCAUUUA